AUGGCAAAAGUCAGGGAACUGAAGAGACUAACGGUAUACGAUAUACAAAGGAUCCUAUGCUGGGUAUUCAACCUGUCCAAAAGACCCUCCUUCCUUCCUCUGAGAGCAAGUGAUCGUCCAAACACAAUUAACAUCAUCAAGUUGGAGGAUUCACCCGAAGAUAUCUCAAAACUUCUAUCUAAGCUCAAAAUAUGCCACACGGCACUUGUAAAUGAGCAUCUGCCAUUCGAUGACAUCAUAGAGUGUAUUUUGAGAGAUGGGGAGUAUGAAAACAUCACGCCGUCUCUUGAGUAUGUAAAGAUGGAAAACUUAGGCUUUAUUCCUUUUGUGGGGUUUGAAGACAUAUAUCGUUCAGGAAUAUUUGUUGAUGACGAAAAGUCUUUAUCAAAGGUUGAUGUAAGUGGGUACAGAAAGGCUCUUAUGCCUAGAUCCUAUGACAUAAUUGCUUUGGAUAUAGAGAAGGUCAGAACAAAAGCAGGAAAGGUUCCUGGGAGGAUCACAAUGGUUGACUGUAAUGGAAAGACCAUCUAUGACAAAAUACUCAAGCCAGAGGAUCCUGUGAUAGAUUAUCUAACCAAAUAUAGUGGGCUAACAAAGGAGAUAAUUGAUGAGGGCGUUGAUAUUGAUCUUGCAAAAAAUGAGAUUUUCAACUUUAUUGGAACCAACACUGUGAUUGUAGGGCACGGGGUUGAAAACGAUCUGGAUUCGUUGAGAUUGUAUCAUGAAAAGAUUAUAGAUACCGCCCAUUUAUUCUCAAGUCCUUUAGGAAGAAAGAUAUCCCUUGCGCAAUUGUCGAGAACAUAUCUCUCCAAGGAUAUUCAUCUAGAAACACAUGACUCAAGGAUAGAUGCGCUUACUUGUCUUGAGCUUCUUUCAGUAAAAAUACAGCAUAUGCUUAGAAUAAUGGAUCCUGAAGCCCCAAGGUUGAAUAUACAAGCAGUGAUAGAAAGAAGGUGCAUUUCUGAUCUUCUAGAGCAUGAGCAGGGCCAUGUCAACAUAACAACCUGCAAUUACAGAGACCUAGUCAGAUUCCUAAGGUCCUAUAGAAAAGCCAAGGAGUGCCUUUGGAUGCUUGUUUACAGAGUAGAUGGCAACAUCUAUCUCAGCUUUUAA